AUGGCGACUUCUAACGUCCCACAGGCGCCAAGUAUCGCUUUUCAAAAGGCUUUGGGCAGGUUCACAAACAGCCUAUCCGAGGAACAGAAACGAGACUGGGCUGUCACCAAAUACGAGGAUGUCGAAGACGCUAUUGAUGGAAUCCAGAGACAGUAUGGGGAGCCGAAAGCAAUGCAAAAUAUGUUUCGUGUCCAAAGCUUUCUUGAAGCCAUGAACGAGUACGGCAAGGUUGUUGAGGUGUUUCUCAACUGCACUCCGUUUGUCGCGUACAUAUGGGGGCCAGUCAAGUUUGUUCUCCAGACCGCCAGUUCCUGGAGCGAUUCGCUCGAUAUCCUUCUCGGCGCCUACGAAGACAUCGGUGCCAGGGCUCCUUCAUUCCUUCAGUAUCGCCUCGUUUUCGAAAACAACCCGAGAAUGCGAGAUAUGUUGGAAAGAUGGUACUGUGAUGUACUGGAGUUCCAUUUUCACGCGUUACAGUUUCUCACCAGGCCUAGGUGGAAGCAGCUGUUCAAUUCUUCUUGGAAGGUUUUCAAUUCGAAGUUCAAGCGCAUUCUCGAUAGCCUCGAGCGUAACAAGAGCCUCGUCGAGAGCGAAAAAAGCUCCUUGACAGUCUAUGAAAUUCAGAACCUCCGCGACGAUGAAGCAGCUCGGUUCAAUGAAACUCGACUCAACGGCAUUCUCAACAAGAUCAAUGCCCCAAACUGCUAUCCAGACCAAGGCAACUUUCUAGACCAAAGAUACAGUUCAGAGUCGGGGAAAUGGGUGUUGGACAAUGUCAACUUCAAGCAGUGGCGUGAGGCCCUUGUUGGGUCAAAUCCACUCCUAUACAUUCAUGGAAUCCCAGGUGCAGGAAAGACGACUCUAGCUUCCUUCAUUGUGGAUGCGCUUGGCUCAAUGCAGGCUGCUCCUGUUUUGUUCUUCUACUGUAGGCAAAAGGAAAAAAGAAAGCGCACCUUUGUUGAUGUCCUCCGUGAGCUCUUGGCACAAAUUCUCAGCAUUGACUUAGCACUUGCCACCCUUCUGUCUGAAACCUACUCUGCCUAUGAUCAAAGGAGAUUCGCUUCCGCCAGCGUAGUCAAGGAAGCUGCGGAGGUGGCAUUCAGCAGCCAGCGUGUCUCAUAUGUGGUCUUGGACGGUUUGGAUGAGUGCGAUGUCUCUGAAGCAGAUAAAGUGCUAUCUUGGUUGAUCUCACGUCAGAAGCAGGCGCCGUUAGGAAAUGACGGCCAUGUUCGUCUUCUAUGCCUCGGCCAGCGAACAGACUUACUACAGACAGCGCUCUGCAGCGGACUUGACAUCUCCCUUGACACUCAACAACGUCACAAAGACGACAUCGAGCGCUAUAUUCAACAAAGGAUGCAGAGCAUCUCUGAUGAUUUGAGUCUUGAUACCAACAUCCAAGAUAGUAUCGUUGCUAAGAUUUCAGGAGUGGCAAACGGCAUGUUUCUCUACGCCAAGGUAGUCUUGGACAAUCUUGCCGACCAAUCUACCCUCGAGGAUUUAAUGAAGGAGCUUGACCCCAGAGUGUUUCCUCAUGGACUACAGGCCGCGUGA